UCGAUCAAAACUGCUGUCUUUCUCUCUACAUUCUUGCGUAUGCUCCAAUUUUAUGCGUUCGAUUGAAUUGCUGUAACAAGAAAUUGAUAUGGGGAAUGAGAAGCCAAACAUCGCUUCUCGCUUCAAUUCCUCGCAGCCACUGGCGGAGGUGGAGGCCUUGGAAGGUGGCGCCAAUACCAUACUGACGGACGUGGAAAGCAGCGAAAUUGCAGAAUCCAUUUCGUCCUCGAAUGAUUCAGUCAAGAUCGAGUGCAAGAAAGCCCUUGCUGCUCUGCGCCAAGGGAACCACGAGAAGUCCCUACAGUUGAUGAAGGAUUUGUGCUUAAAACAUGAGAAUUCGGCCGUGGUUCACUAUUUCAUGGGGACUGUUUUUGUUAGGAUAGCCUCGACUAUUAACGACCCGAAUGACAAACAGCAGUGUUUGAAGAAGGCGUUAGAGAGUGCAAGGAAGUCGGUAACAUUGUUACCGGAUUCUUUUGAAUCCAUAAUUCUUUAUGCGAAUUUGUUGUUUGAGACUGCAAAUGAGGGGGACUAUCAGGAGGUGGAGCAAGAGUGCGAGAGGGCAUUGGCAGUUGCAUUCCAGUUUCGUCAGGAGCUUAUCAAAUCAGAGGCUCGAGUUGUCCGGUUCCAAAAUGAGGUACAGUCUUUGAUUCAGAAAUUAACUACUGCAAGGGAAGUCCAUGAAAAUAUUUCCGCACCCAAGGCUGCAAUUGACCCCGUGCAAAAUGAUGAAGGGUCGAUGGUUCAGGAUUUAAAUACUGAAACUGAGUGCCAUGAGAAGAUUUCCACACCCAAGGCUGCUAUCGAUCCCGUGCAAAAUGAAGAAGGGUGUUCGAUUCCAAAGUCUAACAUUGCAGCAAUUUCGACUAGGAUAAAGAAUCUGGGCAAUGAAGAUGAAAAGUUGCCAAUGAGGGUCCAUGAGUACACAACGGAAAUGACAUCAGCAUCUAACAUAGCGCCGAUGCAAAAUGAUGAAGGGUCCAUGGUUCAGGAUUUAAAUACUGCAAAUGAGUGCCAUGAGAAGAUUUCCACACCUAAGGCUGCUAUUGAUCCCGUGCAAAAUGAAGAAGGGUCUUUGAUUCUAAAGUCUAAUGUUGCAUCCAUUUUGACUGGGAUGAAGGAUCUGAGCAAUGAAGAAGAGAAGUUGCCAUUGAGGGUCCAUGAGGACCUAAUGGAAAUGACAUCAGUAUCUAAAAUAGGGCCGAUGCAAAAUGAUGAAGUGUCCAUGGUUCAGGAUUUAAAUACUGCUACUGAGUGCCAUGAGAAGGUUUCCACAUCCAAGGUUGCUAUUGAUCCCAUGCAAAAUGAAGAAGGGUCUUUGAGUCCAAAGUCUGACGUUGCAUCCAUUUCGACUGGGAUGAAGAAUCUGGGCACUGAAGAGGAGAAGUUGCCAAUGAGGGUCCAUGAGGACCUAAUGGAAAUGACAUCAGUAUCUAAACUAGGCCUGAUGCAAAAUGAUGAAGGGUCUAUGGUUCAGGAUUCAAAAACUGCAACUGAGUGCCAUGAGAAGGUUUCCACUCCUAAGGCUGCUAUUGAUCCCGUGCAAAAUGAAGAAGGGUCUUCGAUUCCAAAGUCUGACGUUACAUCCAUUUCGACUGGGAUGAAGAAUCUGGGCAUUGAAGAGGAGAAUUUGACAAUGAGGGUACAUGAGGACCCAAUAGAAAUGACAUCAGAAUCUACAAAAGCACCGAAUGAGAUUAAAAAUGCAACUGAGGCUCCUGAGGAUGUUCGGAAGGAGAUGAUUGUGUUGAAGGCAGCUGUUGCUCUGCUUCUGAACAGUAACAAUAAUGAUGGUAAUAAGGGGUUGGAUUCUGGUUUAGGGAUGGGGAAGAAAGUGAAAGAAAGAAGGAAAAGUGAGAAUACGAGGAGAAACAUUUCUUCGGCUGAGAUAAGGGACUUUGUUAGGUCUUAUUGGAACUCACUGGACUUGGAUAAGAAGAAAGAGCUGCUUAAAGUUAGGAUUUCUGAUCUCAAAACAUAUUAUAGUUUGUCAAAGGAAGGGUCAGUGAGUAAGGUGCUUGAUGAUGCUUUAUCUUUUGGGAAAGACAAUAGGGUAUGGAAGUUUUGGCAGUGCUGUAGCUGCAAUGCAAAAUUUGCCAAUGCAGAUUCACAUAGGCAGCAUGUAAAGAAGGAGCAUAUGUGGACUUUGUUGCCCAAAUUGCAAUCGAUUAUACCAGAGAUGGUGGAUAAUGAGUGGACGGAGAUGCUUCUUAGUUGUUCCUGGAAACCAUUGGAUUUAAAGGCUGCAAUUAAAAUGCUUGAAGAACAGUCAAAAUUUGAGGAACCUAAUUUUCUUGAUGAAUCAGACCCAAGAAACGAUGAAGACGAUUCCAGCGAAUGCUUUGUGGAACCUCACUUCAAUGAAUAUGAAGGAGAUUCAUCACCUGUGAAGAGCAAAUUGGGAGAUAACUGCCGUGGUAGAACACAGGAGUCAGAAAAUGUUAAGUGGAUGGAUAGCAGUGAAGAUCGAGCCCGUAAGAAAAGUUUCCUUGACCUAAGCUGGCCUUCAAGUGAUGAUUCAGAAUGCGCAUGCCUUCUGGAAAUAAUCCAUGUCACAUUUGAACUAUUUAUCAAACUCAACUAUCUUGCCAAAAGUCAUCUUAGCAUGGUUAUACACUUUGCCGUUCAAAAUCUACAGGGUCUUGCUGAUGGUUCUCAUCUUCUUAACUUCAAUAUGGACCAAACACCUCUGUGUAUCUGCUUUCUGGGUGCUCCCCAUCUUCGGAAAAUAGUUUUUUAUUUGAAAAUGAUUUUUCAUGGCAUUUUUUCUAGUGAAACUGAUAAAUAUUCUGAUAAAAGUAAUUCGAUGGAUGAUUCAAUCAGUUGUGCUCAAGUUGUAGACACUAUGGAAGAGAUGAAUUUUGCUCUAGAUGAUUUAGUUUUGGUGCUUGAGCGUUUCCUUCCCUGCAAGCUCAAUUCUCCAUUGUGUGCUGAUGCUGCUAAUGAUGAUUCUAGUUCAGCAACUUCGCCUUGCAUCUCUUAUGAGAAAAACGAUGUUGUGAUUGAUUCAGACGCAUUACUUUCCUGGAUAUUUACAGGCCCUCCAAAUGGGGAACUAUUGGGAUCCUGGGCAUGUGCAAGGGAAGAGAAAGCACAACAAGGUAAGGAAAUUCUUGAGUUUUAUGAGAGGGAAUUUAAGGACCUACAGGGCUUAUGUGAGAAAAAAUAUGAGGGUUUAAAUAAUGAGGAGGCAUUGCGGGCAGUGAACAAUCUCUGUUGCAAAGAGAGAAUUAAAAGAGAGCACGCUGUCCCUCAAAGUUAUGACUCUGUCCUGAGGAAGAGACGGGAAGAUCUUAUUAGAAGUGAUGAUGGGGUUACCUUUAUCAACAAUAGGUUUGAACUGCAUGUUAUAGAAAAUAUUUUAACGGGUGUAGAAUCUGGUAAAGUUGACGAUGGGAGACCAAAAGACCAUUUGCAUCAGGUGGACACCUGCAUAGAAAUUGCAAUAGAGAGACAGAAAGAAAAAGCUUCUGUUGAGCUCUGUCAUACUGAUGCAAUGAUUCUGCGAGUUCUUGAUUGGAUGCAGCAGUUGGAAGUUAAGCUUGACUCUGCAUCUGCCCAUGAUUUCAGAUCAAUUUUGGUGCCUCUAGUGAAAUCAUAUUUGCGAGCACAUUUAGAGGCUAUGGCAGAGAAAGAUGCCACAAAGAAAUCUGAUGCGGCAAGAGAAGUACUUUUAGCAGAACUUGCUGUUGAUUCUGAACAGAGUUUUUGUGGAAGAUUGGAUAAUUCAAAACAUAUGAAUAAGAGGAUGAAGGAUAAGAAAAAGAGCAAGAAGAGAAUGAGAAACAAGGAUUCAAAGGCCAUUGAUGAAAAUCAGCUGCACAGGAUAUGCAGUCAGUCAUCUGAACAGAUAUCACAUGUAAGUGCCCCGGAUGGGGAUGAUCAUGAUGCUGAAGAAUAUAAACAUAGAAUCAAACUUGAAUUUGAGGAAAGAAAACUUGAAGAAACUUUGGAAUAUGAAAGAGAAAUUGAAUAUGAGGCAAAACAGAAGCAUCACAUUGAGCAACCUGUGUUUUCAGAAAAAGAAAUUGAUGAAGUUGGUCAACUGAGAUCUAAGCACACUUUCGAUGGGGAUGGAGCAUUGCAACAAAGGAAGCUUCUGGAAAUGGGUGAAUUGGACUAUUCAUCACAUGAACUCAUAGCCGAUGGAAUUAAUGUAAUGGAUACAUUCCCUGGUCUGAAAAACGAACUAGGUGAAUAUAAUUGCUUUCUCAAUGUCAUAAUACAGUCCUUAUGGCACUUAAGAUGGUUUCGAGAUGAAAUUUUGAGAUCAUCAUCUGGACAUGUUCGUGUUGGUGAUCCUUGUGUUACUUGUGCUUUGUAUGAUAUCUUCAUUUCUCUGAGCAAGCCACCUAAAGAUACUCGAAGAGAAGCUGUCGCUCCUACAUCGUUGAGGGUUGCUCUGAGCAACCUGUUUCCUAAUAGUAAAUUCUUCCAGGAGGGACAGAUGAAUGAUGCUUCUGAAGUACUGGGGGUAAUACUUGAUUGUCUUCAUCGAUCAUUCCCUUGUGAACCUGUAGUACGGGUGGGCGCCUUAGAAUGUGUGGGUGUAUCCUGUAUUGCACAUUCUCUUUUUGGAUUGGACAUACUUGAAAGAAUGAAAUGUGACGAUUGCGGUUUGGAGUCUAGACAUCAAAAGUACAAAUCAUAUUUUCAUAAUAUCAAUGCCAGAGCUCUCAGAAUAAUGAAGGACAUGUGCCCGAAAACCUCCUUUGAUGAGCUUUUGUACGUAGUUGAGGUUAUUCACCAGUUACCUUGUGAUCCAGAGGUUGGCGGCUGUGGAAAGCUCAACUACAUUCAACUUGUUCUCUCUGCUCAACCAUAUUUUUUCACAACUGUUCUGGGUUGGCAGAAUUCUUGUGAAAGUGUUGAUGACAUAACGAAAACAUUAGCAGCCUUGACUACUGAGAUUAAUAUCAGUUUGCUUUAUCGUGGUCUUGACCGAAAAAGCAGACAUUGCUUGGUUUCCGUGGUUUGCUUUUAUGGACGGCAUUACUGCUGUUUUGCAUACAAGCACGAACAUAAAAAGUGGAUCAUGUACGACGACGAAACUGUAAAGGAAAUUGGAGGCUGGAAUGAUGUUGUUAUCACGUGUGAAAGAGGGCACCUGCAACCACAGGUCCUCCUUUUUGAAGCUGUAAGCUAGUGCUUAAAACAGAUUUGAAUUGCACGCUGAAUAUAUGCAGUCGAGCACCGGCUGUGCAGGUUUUUAGCUAAUAUUGCAACUAUACAUUCUGUAUUACAAUGUUAUUAUGAAUGCAAGAAUUGUACAUAAAUUGAGAGUUUUGUUGCAUAUUGAAGAGAAAUAAGAGCAAUUGCGUGUAAGAAAGGAGUUGAGUUUA